GCGAAGCACAACCCUCAAAGGGUUUGAUUUCUACGUUGUGACCUGAGAGGCCAAGAUUUUCAUUCAAACAUCCUUAUGAGGGAUCUCAAGGUAGACAUCUCCAGCUGCCAAGUUGGCAUUCAAUCUAUCAGCUUUACAAGAGCUCAUUUGGAUCUUAGCUUUAUAGAGCGUGAUCUUCAGAGAUUUGGGUUCUGCAUGAUGGCCCAUGAGAUUCUAGGUCGGUAUCUUCCAGGUCGUCACUCCUCAGCUUCUUGGUUUUCCAGGUCAUCAUUCCUCAGCUUCCUAGUUUUCCAGGUCGUCACUCCUCAGUUUCCUGGUUUUCCAAGUCAUCAUUCCUCAGCUUCUUGGUUUUCCAAGUCGUCACUCCUCAGUUUCCUGGUCAUCAUUCCUCAGCAUCUUGGUUUUCUAGGUCGUUACUCCUCAGUUCCCUGGUUUCAGGUCAUCAUUCCUCAGUUCCCCGGUUUUCUAGGUCAUCGUUCCUCAGCUUCCUGGUCGUCACUCCUCAAUUUCCUGGUUUUCCAAGUCGUAACUCCUCAGCUUCCUAGUUUUCCAAGUCGUCACUCCUCAGCUUCUUGGUUUUCCAGGUCGUCACUCCUCAGCUUCCUGGUUUUCCAAGUUGUCAAUCUGACCUUCUUGGUUCUAGGUCGUUGCUCUCAACUUCCUUAAUUUCCCUGUUCCAGGUCGUCACUCUCAGCUCCCUGGUUUCAGGUCGUCAAUCUCAACUUACAGGCUGGAAAUCUCAAAUCAAGGUUUCCAAGCCAAGUUCCUCAAGAAUAAAUUGGACCUCUUUAU